GCCUCAUCCAACCAAACGUCACUUCAACUUUCCUAGGUACGCUGCCACUUUUAACUUUACCAUUUUACCAUUCUCAACCACUUUCUACUAUUGUUUUCCACUAACAACCACAAAACAGCAGCACUCCAUUAACUAUUCCUCAUUUCCACCACACACACUCUUAAUACAAUAGUCAUGGACACUCUCGUGGCCAGGUACAGCCGCCCGGCUGCGAUGCACAAAGAGACCUAUCCCGAGGACCAGGAAGACGAUCUCCAGAAUGACAUGAGCUCCAGCCUAUCCCUAAAGUUUGCCAUGCCUCCAGUAGCCCAGCCCUCCGCCUGGCUCCGCGCAGCAACCGACGACCGUUCAAACCCCGAAUGCCCCAUCAAGAUCGCCCACGGUACCACGACACUCGCCUUCCGAUUCCAAGGCGGCAUCAUCGUAGCCACGGACUCCCGUGCCACCGCCGGUAACUGGAUCGCCUCCCAGACUGUCAAGAAGGUCAUCGAGAUCAACAACUGCCUGCUGGGCACCAUGGCCGGCGGCGCCGCCGACUGCCAGUACUGGCUCGCCUGGCUGGGCAUGCAGUGCCGCCUGCACGAGCUGCGUCACAAGCGCCGCAUCAGUGUCGCCGCCGCCUCCAAGAUCCUCGCCAACCUCGUCUACCAGUACAAGGGAAUGGGCCUGUCCAUGGGCACCAUGUGCGCCGGUGUCACCAAGGAGGAGGGACCCGCCCUCUACUACAUCGACUCCGACGGCACCCGCCUGUCCGGAAACCUGUUCUGUGUCGGGUCCGGCCAGACCUUUGCGUACGGUGUGCUCGACGCCGAGUACAAGUACGACCUGACGGAGGAGGACGCCCUGGAGCUGGGCCGCCGGAGCAUCCUCGCCGCCACCCACCGAGACGCCUACUCCGGUGGAUACAUCAACUUAUACCACGUCAAGGAGGAGGGCUGGGUUAAGCAUGGCUUCAACGACACGAACCCCAUCUUCUGGAAGACGAAGCUCGAGAAGGGCGAGUUCACCAACGUCACCAGCUCUCUGGACUAAAUAUGACUUGCGCAAAAGAAAAGAAAAUUCAAAAUAGCAAGGCGACAUAUUACCGGUCUUCCGAAAAGAAGGAAGUUCACACUGGUCACAAGGGUCAUAUUACAAUGAGGAGAAGGCGGGAAGGGGUGGGAAGAGAACGCAAAGCUGAGAUAGCAUAUUAUGAUAGCUGUCUAGGCGCAAAAUUCUCACGGGCCCUUUAAUUCGGGGGCCUGCCCGCGCAUAUGAAAUGUAU